GCAGAACUAUUCUUGUUCUUACCUUUAGCCUACUCCAUUUUUUCUUCUUCUUUUACUCAUACAACUGAAAAAAUGAUGUCUUUAGAAACUGCAUCUACAUCUGUUGAUCCGAAUUCGGGUCCUCGAAUUUCCUUCUCCUCAGAAUUUCUUGACGAGAAAAACUUCAUAUCCAUUUGUCCAAAUUCUCAACCAGAGAAAAAGCGCGAAAAAGAGCUUAAUGCAGCAGAAUUUGAGUUCUUAUCCAGCAAUUUCACAAACGGAAACAUGACAACAGCCGAUGAGUUAAUUUUCGAAGGCAAAUUACUUCCCUAUUGGCAAAUCCACCACGCUGAAAAACUCAACAAGAUUAGUCUCAAAACAGAGCAUGUCGAGGAACAAGUGAAUGAAAAACAGGGGAGUAGUAAAGAAGAACAGAGCAGGCCAGUAAAUUGGUUUAUUGAUGAAGAUCCAUCUCCUAGACCACCAACAUGCACUGUAUUAUGGAAAGAGUUACUCAGAUUGAAAAAACAAAAACAGAGGCCUUCCUCAUUAUCACCUUCAUCUUCAUCUUCAUCAUCCUCAUCUUCUUCGAGCGCGAAUUCUGAAAUUUUGCACACUGAUGAAAGCAGAGAGAAACAUGUAGUGGACAAGAUUAAGAAAAGAUUGGAGAGAUCUAAAUCAGCAACAAUAAGAGUAAGGCCUUUGAUUAAUGUGCCGAUUUGCAGACAGGGGAAAAACAGUGCAAUACCACCAAUUUUUCCUAUUAAGAAAGGAAGAGUAGAGAGAUAAUCAGAGAAGACAUUACAGGUUAUCAUCAAAUUUGUAUAGAUGGUCUAUACUGUUUCCUUUUAAAAUUUUCAAAAUUUAUUUCAUUUGGAUUUAGAUUAAUGUUCCUUCUAAGGAUAUUAUGAUUGUGUUUUCAUUUCUUGUAAUGUAUUAAAAACUUAUUCCAUUGUAAUCCCACAUUUUUAGCUUUUCAAUUGUUUUUUUUAAUUACAUGGGAAAUCGGAGGUAAGGAAAGGAGAUUACAAAAUGAAGAAUGGAAUCCUUAUUAACGAGAGAUGAAAGUUCAGAGAUAGACAGUCAAUCAACUGAGCUACUGCGAUCUAAUAUUUUUUAUUUCAAAACAAGAAAAAGCGAACCAUAUAGUUGUUUUGAGUUCAUUAUGAACCUUAUGUCUAGUUCACUUUCAUUAUAAAUUUUUUCCCUGUGCGGGAUAUAACAAAGAAAACCUGCAUACAAUUGAGUUACAAUAACUAAAAAAUUCAGUUCAAAUAAGUUUCAUGGUGAAUUACAGUAAAAUACAUUUUGAGAACAAACAGUUGGGCUUAACGUUUCCAAUUAAGUUUUCGCAACCAGCUCUCAUCGUCAUAGUAAACACUAUAUUGCCUCCAGCUAAAAUCACCACCGGUCACUAUUUGACUCUUUAUGUACGUAUGAAGCUAGCCAUUGGAGUGUAUAAUCAACAGACACGACGAUGUCAUUUGAUAUUUAGAGAAGAUAGAAGCUGAGGGAGGUCGUGAGGUGAGAUUGUUGGGUCAACAAACUAAUCAAUCUAAUAGAAAUUUCAAAUUCAAAUUAUUCCUAAAGAGAAGUCAGUGUUUGAGUCAUUGAGGGAUGGCAGAACGUAGUAGGUAUUGACAUUUACUGCAUCUUACAAAUGUUCAACUCCACCAAGGUUGCU